CUCGCCGCCGCUUCCCCCGAGCCUGCGGGCGGCGCCGAGGCGGAGGGGCGCUCGCUGCAGCACAUGCUGCGCGCCAUAGCCGAGGAGCGCAGCCGUCUCAGCCUGCGCCGCGAGGUCUGCGGCCUCGGGUGUUUCAAGGAUGACCGUAUUGUCUUCUGGACCUGGAUGUUCUCCACCUACUUCAUGGAGAAGUGGGCCCCGCAGCAGGACGACAUGCUUUUCUACGUGCGCCGGAAGCGGGCGUUUGCGGGCAGCGAGAGCGGCACCGAGGAGGGCAAGGUGGCUGAGAUGGAACCCGAGGUGGAGGUGGAGGUGUACCGGCGGGACUCCAAGAAGCUGCCGGGCCUUGGAGACCCUGACAUUGACUGGGAGGAGAGCGUCUGCCUGAACCUCAUCCUGCAGAAGCUGGACUACAUGGUCACCUGUGCUGUGUGCACACGCUCUGACGGCGGGGAUAUUCACAUCCAUAAGAAGAAAUCCCAGCAAGUGUUUGCAUCACCCAGCAAGCACCCCAUGGACAGCAAGGGGGAGGAGUCCAAGAUCAGCUACCCCAACAUCUUCUUCAUGAUCGACAGCUUCGAGGAGGUGUUCAGCGACAUGACGGUGGGAGAAGGAGAGAUGGUCUGUGUGGAGCUGGUGGCCAGUGACAAAACCAACAUGUUCCAAGGGGUCAUCUUCCAGGGCUCCAUCCGCUAUGAGGCGCUCAAGAAGGUGUAUGACAACCGGGUGAGCGUAGCGGCUCGCAUGGCACAGAAGAUGUCCUUUGGCUUCUACAAGUACAACAAUAUGGAGUUUGUACGCAUGAAGGGGCCCCAGGGCAAGGGCCACGCUGAGAUGGCGGUCAGCCGCGUGUCCACUGGAGACACGUCCCCCUGCGGCACCGAGGACUCCAGCCCAGCGUCACCCAUGCACGAACGGGUGACCUCCUUCAGCACACCCCCUACCCCCGAGCGGAACAGCCGGCCCACCUUCUUCUCCCCAUCCCUCAAGAGGAAGGUGCCACGGACCCUGAUGGCUGAGAUGAAGAAGUCGCACUCGGCCAAUGACAGCGAGGAGUUCUUUCGGGACGAGGACAGCCGAGCUGACCUGCACAACGCCACGAAUCUGAGGUCACGGUCCCUGUCUGGCACGGGGCGGUCGCUGGUGGGGUCCUGGCUGAAGCUGAACAGAGCGGAUGGAAACUUCCUCCUCUAUGCACACUUAACCUACGUCACGUUGCCGCUGCAUCGGAUUUUAACAGACAUCCUGGAAGUACGGCAGAAGCCCAUCCUGAUGACCUAGCAGUGUGCGGAGCCCGAGCAGGCCCACCAGCCCUGCCCGGCCCUGGGAGUGCUGCCAAGUGCCUAUCUGUGCCACCGUCCCCGGGGUCUUCUGUGACAACCCAGCGCUGGAGCCGGGCCAGGGCGGGGCCGACUCCACGAACACCAGCCCAAACUGAAGUGCCUCUUUUCCCUCCCUGCUGGCUCUGCCCUGCCCCAUGCUCACCACCCACCACCCCCAGCCCAUCUCUGGAGAGUCCUGUGCGUCCGGCGGGGACCAGAGUCCCAGGAGGCCAUAGGGAGCACGAGAGGGAGCAGCACCCAGAAUCUGUCCAAAUGCACGAGACCUAUGGCCGCGUCCCAACAGACCACAGCGGAACCCCCAGCUGGAGCACUCCGUCGGAGCUUUGUCAAGGAAACCCACGUGAGGUUUUGUAAUGCCGUGCUGAUGAGCGUCAGCUGCCCAGUCAGGCUGCCUGCUCUCCCUGGCUCACCACUUGGUUGUUGGAUUACCACGGGGAGAUGGGGAACACAGAGGUGCACGGUUUUGCCCUGGGCUGGGAUACCUCACCCCACGCCUGGUUCCAGAAAGGCCCAAUCCCUGCCAGAAUGGCCUUUUGCUUCCAGCCAAAGAACCCCGCCAACACACACACCUCCAGUUUGACGUCCUCCCGCGGGGGCCUCGCUGGAGGGCCCACAGAAUCUGGACCUGAGGGCAGGAGGAAGGGUCUGGCGGCCAGGCAGGAGGAGAGCGGGAGCCCCACCUGAGGAAGGUUUAGGCCAGAGCCCCUCCGCUGGGGGCUGUGGGAGGGCGUGGCGCGUUGUUCCACCUGCCCUGGUCUCCGGGUGCUCACCUGCUCUGACUGAGCGUGCUGGUCCCCAUCUCAGGCCAGCUCUCGGAGGCUCCCAGCUGGGCCUGCUCCACCACGGAGGCGCUUCCAUCUGAGAAGACGCACAUGAGCCUUCUUGCAUCAGAGCUCCCCCGGGAAUAAACUAAGAUGGGUCUCUUUGUGGCUGUCAUUUGUUUGGUGCCCCAGGAGUACCGGCGUGCUUGGAGGUCCUCUUUGGGGGAAGAGGAAAGAGGGUGGGCUGUUUUGCCGUCCGGUCUUGUCCUGCGGCCUCUGACGGUCUGCGCUCGGGGACAGGGCUGCCCUGGGGCUGUUAUUAAAAGCGAGCUGUUGGCAUUUUCUUCCACCUCAGUUUACCCACCUGUAACACAGGGCUGAUGCCACCUACCUCACUGAGCGUGUGCAGGUUCACGGGGCACGACCGCCACUAUUCUGCGUAGCUCUGGUCAAGUGUUACACUGGGGGUGCCUGCCCCACCCCCUCCAUUAACCUUGUCAAGAAGGGGUGGUGGGCUUGGCCUCGGUGCCCAGCUCAGCUCUCCACGCUUCCACUUUCCAAAGCAGUGUCUUAGGGCAGCCAGAGGCAGGCCACGUCCCCCGGAGUGGGAGCAGAGCACCCAAGGAGCGUUCUUGGACACCCCAUCCGCAGGCUUGCGUCCGGGGUGGCUGAAGUCUAGCUGUUUCUCCAGGGACUUUUUCUCCCGGUCAUUCUGGGGUCUGAAGACUGAAGCUCAGAUCUGGGGAGGACACAGGCAGGAUGGGGACGCUCGAGUCGUGCAGAAACGCCGCUCCCUCCUGUCCUCAGAGGCGAGGAACACGUGAGGGUGCCUGGGGCUAGUGCAGACCGGCAUGCCCUGGCUGGCCCAGCGGGCAGAGCCCUCAUCUGUAGGAUGGCAGACGUUCCGGCCACUUGUGGUAAUUGUGAGGUCGGUUAACGUGGGGAAGUGCUUCGCAGGGCAGGGAAGUGUGGGCGUGCAGCGGGAUUUCAGAGCUCACACCUGCAUUUUCAGAGUGCAAACAGACGCACGAUGGUCUGGCUGUCCAACAUCUGAUGUUUCACAGCUCCAGCCGCGUGCAGGCCCUGCGGUGAACACUAUUAGCCCAUUUUACACAUGAGCGACAGCAGCAGAGAGGAUACGGGAACUCCCUGAGACUGAACAAGAAGUAAUGACGGCUAGGCAUCAAGCACCCUUCUGACCACAGCCCCCACUCCAGCCUGCCCAGACAAAUGGACAGACAUUUGGUGGAGUCACCCCUUCCGCCUUUAAGGCCUUCCCCAAAGGGCACGAUUAGAGGCACCCUAGCCAGGCAGCAAGCUGUUAGUCUGAAGCUUGGUUUUUCAAAGCAGCACGUAACAUCAGUAACAAGCUGCAAAUGCCAGGGCCACAGCCAGGGCCCCGAACGCCCUGGUGUCAGUCAACUCUCCCUUCUCGUGACGCCACCGUUAAUUUUUCUGGGGACGUGCCCCUCUUAAUAAUGUAGGGAAGACCAAAUGCUACGUACAUUUCCUAAUGUGGAACUGGAGUUAAAGUACACCUGUCUUUUGAGGAAACCUCAGAGUCACUUUUCAGGACAUUAAGAAGAGUUAUCUUUUUAUUGUUUCUUUUAAAGAAAUAUCAUGGCCCUGGACUCUGAUAGGGGACACACUGUUUCCAUUUAAAUCCUUCAACACCUGAACGUUCAGGUGGCUCUUAUCUUAACAUCCUGAUGUCCUACUGGAAUUUCUAGGGCGAGUUUGCAUCUUUGCCCAUAAGGACAAUGAAGGUUCAUUAUUUCAAAAGAAUGUUAUUUAAAACACAAGUAACAGAGAAGUAGGCAAAUGAGAACAAAAAGAAGCCAAGUAUUCUAUAGCCCAGUCGACUUGGAGACAGCCUGGGUUUUCCCGUGAGUCAAAUAAUUGUUCACAUUUCCUGCAGACAGACCAGAAGCCAGUCAGGUGGGUGUCUUGGUAGCAAGGACAAAGGCACGUUCUCCGUGUAAUUUUUUAAAAAGAAUCUUAGUCAGAAUCAAACCAGGAUCUAUUUACGCUGUUUUAAUCACAGAUAGACUAGUUAACAGAAGACUUAAGGACCAGGAAAAACUUUUUUUUCCCUUAAACAACAUUCCAGAAGGAAGCUUCUCAUGCACUUGGUACAUUCCAGUGACUGACUGGUGGUUUUAAAUCAUUGGCCAAAAUUCUUUACAAACUUACAUAUUAAAAAUCUAUCUGCUAACUUUUUGGAUCAAAGAAACUUCGUACGUUUGAUUUGGAUGUAUGUUCUCUUCGGUUUUCCAGUUUAGCCGGAAUUUAGUCGCAUAUCCAUUUUCAGAAACCAAGUAACUUUUGGCAUUACCCUGAUUCUUCCUGUCUGGGCUUUCCACCAUCCUUUGUAUCAGAAAGCAGGAUUAGGUCUCUUUAAAGAAAAUAACCGCCCUAGUGGAAAAGGAAGGCCGACAUCUGGGCCCGGAGUCGGAGCUGAGGCAGCCUGUUGGUGGUGGGCCCAGCCCUUUCCUUCAGGGAAGCGCCCAUGCGGAGGCCAGGAGGCCCGGUGGUCGGGGUCCAGCCCUGCCCUGUGUGGAGAGGACCUCUGGGCGUGAAGAGCUGGGGACGCGCUGCAUCUCUCGUUUUUCCCUUCCAUUCACCUGCACUGACACAAUCCUCAGUGGAAAAAGGAAUCCUCCAGCACCUCUGAGCUCCCGGGGACACCACAGACAAGCAAAUUCAGCUGAAUCCCGAGGGAUCUGGGGCGGGGCCUGAGCAGUGGAGGAAGCCACGACCUGUGUCCACAGUGCGGAGAGUUUGUGUUUACAGUUUUCUAUUCUUCCCGAGGCUAGCAGGAUUUUCAGGGUUCCCCUUCAAGUCCUCGAGUUUCAUAGAUUAAACGUAACUGCCGUCCUCCAACUCUACCGGGUGGCCGGAGGCAUUCGGACUUGCCUUUGUCCUUCAGUUUCUCGCUUUGUCCUAGGUCAGGGCGGUUUAAGUGUAAAUAGUUAUUGUUUAUGGUUUUCAAACUAAUUCUAUGUAUGAGAAUCAUUAAGCCUGCAGAGAGGACCUCUUGAGAUUUUUCACUACUUGGAGGCUUCCUAGUGAUUUUUACAAAACAAAUUUUAGCCACAACACCGUGAUGGUGUAGGUAGCGAUACAUUAGUAUGCUAACCAUCAGUUAGGUAUUUCCCUAAACGUGACCCACUACUGGCUGAGCCAGCCUCAACUGUUUCCCAGCAGUAUUUGUGGUUGGCUGUUGGCUUGGCUUUAUGAUUUCCACGUUUCCUUUGAACAUUGAUUUGCAUGGUAGAUAUUAAACUUUUCUUCCUUGUUUUCCUCUAAAUUAGUCUGUACCUAGUCAUUCUUUCCUGGUACGCUUUUCAGAUUAAAUUCUCUGCAGACGUUACAGCAACGUGAUAACUCUGUGGUCGAAUCAUUUGCCGCCAAGACUUCUUUUUUUUUGAGCUUUGACACCAGUGACUUUUUUGAAAUGGAACGUGUUUGAGGCCAUCAGAGAUCACCUCGUGCACUGCUGAAGGUGUUGGCGGGCCCGUGAUGCUUAGUUGCACGUUUGCAAAACCACGAGAGACGAGUUUUGGGUUUAGCUCUCAGAGCCCUAAAGUAGCAUAUGCUACUUCAUACAGUUGUCCUGUAAAAUCCGGAGCUUGUUCUAGAGAACUUCUUUAAAAGCCCUCCCAGACGUGAACAAAUACUUGGAACAGAAAUCAGGAGUCCAAGUUCUGACCUGACUCCUGGCCAGCUGCCUCGUCUUCUGGAAGAUGAGGUUUUGGGAUGGGUGCUCUCUCUGUUGCCUUGCAACUAACUGUACAAAUAAUCAAGUACGAUGUUGAGCAUGUUCACUUUUUUUUUUUUUUCUGGUUAAUUCUACCAGAGCCUGCUAUGCAAAACCAUCAGAGAUGGAAGCAGCCUCAGAAGCUACCUUUCAAGCGACGGACUCUCUUUCCAUGAUCAGUGAGUAAGGUCUGAGACACUGCAGAAAGCUGUAGAAGAGAAAACAAGGGAAAAGGGGGACCCGAGAGGAACGCAUAUCCAGGUGUGGAAGUACAGUUAGGGGCUUCACAUCAAGUGACUCCCCUCGGAGACAGUCAUCGGAUUAGACGCAUCUGAACCAAAAUUUCCUGAACCAGCAUCACGAAGGGCAGACCACAACGCAAGAUGGCAGUGCUAUAAGGAGGCGGUUGAACAGGUUAAAAAAAGUCUUCCUUGCCGUUCACAUGAAACGCUGUUUUCUCAUUAAAUUAUUAGGAAGUCCUUUUUAGUCCCCUGAAACGAUGUACUUGUUGCUAUUUGGGGAGAAAGUCUAUCCGGGGAGCUACAUGCAGUGACAACCCUAGUGACUGCCCGCUCUUGGUACUGAUAUUGCUGUGUUCAGUGCUUUUAUCCGGAAUUACCGUCAUGCCUGAGCUUAGAAAAAGUGUUGACUGGAAGGGAAGACCUCUGGGGAUUUUAUAGUGGGAGAGCGGGAAACAUAAGGUAACUUAGUGGUAGGAUAACCCGGUCCAUUGUAAAUACACGUGUUGAAUGUAUAAACGUGGCUGCCCUUCGUGCUUGAUGUGGAAAUGACAGGAAAGCAGCUGGGAUGUCUAACGAGGAAGGGAGCUACUCGUUUCCGGGGAUGAUGAAACAACGGUGUCUUUCUUUUCCUUGUGGCUUCAUUGACUUGCCCCUGACUUACCCCCACAUAAACCACAGAGUUGAAGAAGCUACUUCUUCCCUACAUGUGGAGUCAGGUUUCUUCUCUUGGAAUUUGACUUUUAAUAAAACAACGCUGCUCAGUUUGAAAUAACCAUGGUUUUCAGUGAACUUUAAUGAUUAUAUUUUGAAUAAAGAAUUUUGUUCAAAAGAUUGUAGCCGAUUCCAGAGGUCAGUGAAGUUCCUUCAUUUAAGGGGACACAUACACGCCUCUGAGUGGUGGGCCGCAAACAGCACACACAGGCCUGGGUUUUCUCAGGGGAAGGAGAAUCGCCACCUACCUUCCCCCAAGGUACAGUGAGGUUCAAGCGAGGCAAGGUUAUCAGAG